AUGAAGGACGCAGACAUCGUUGGCCAGUCGCUGGCUGAAGUCUUGCCUCAAACCAACAAGUACUGGUUCCAGCAGAAGCAUCUACUCCAAUUGAACCUCCUUCUCCUCGUACCUUUACUCUCAUCUUCAGUUGCGGGAUACGAUGGAUCAUUGAUGAACGGUCUCCAAUCCCUCCCACAAUGGCGCGACUACUUUGGCAACCCAGUAGGAACCAAACUUGGAUUGGUGAACGCCGCCCAGUCCAUUGGCUCAGUCGUCAUCUUGCCAGUCGUCGGCUGGGCAAGCGACCGCUGGGGCAGAAGACUAGUCCUCCUCGCUGGAAUCAUUGGUGUUGUAUUGGCAACAAUCAUCCAAGCUACCUCAACAACAUUGGCUCAACUUGUUGUUUCUCGAUUGAUAGUCGGUGCCGCGGGAAUGCUUGUCGUACAACCAGCACCGAUGCUGAUCGCAGAACUCGCCUAUCCCACCCAUCGAGGCAAGUACACAAGCGCCUUCUGGACAAUGUACUAUCUCGGAGCAAUUCUGGCCAGUUGGACAUGCUUUGGUUGCGAAAGUAUUCAGAGCAGCUGGGCUUGGCGUAUUCCAACCAUCAUGCAAGCAGCAUAUCCGCUGAUCCAAGCAGCUUUCUGGAUCUGGGUCCCUGAGUCUCCUCGAUGGUUAGUUGCACAAGAUCGCGUCCCAGAAGCCAUGGCAAUUCUCGCAAAGUACCAUGCCGGCGGAGACGUCAACAGUCCGCUGGUCAUCCGCGAGAUGAGCGAGAUCGUGGAUGCCAUCCGAAUGGAGAAAGAGAUCGAGACACCAGGCUGGGGAGCAUUGAUUUUCCCUUACAGCUUGCGUAGCAAGGGAUUGACCUGCGAACUCCUGUCGAUCUAUGUAUCCCUCGUCAUCGCUGCCUUCACCAACCCGAUAGGUCUCGAGAAUCUUGGGUGGAAGUUCUACAUCGUCUUCUGUUGUUUCCUUGUUGUAAUUCUUGCGGUCACUUACUUCACAUUUCCAGAAACCAAGGGGCAUUCACUGGAAGAGAUUGUGCAGAUCUUCGAUGGUCCACAGGUGGCAAGAAAUGUGGAGGAGAGCGAGAAGGAGGUCAAGAAAGGCUUUGAGGUCGAGGCCACCGAGAAAAUCGAGCGAGUCUGA